AUGGAAACAGAUGGAGCCGCCGAUUACGAUGCGCCAGUCAUCAUUGUUGGCGCCGGGCCUGUUGGUAUGCUACUUGCAUAUCAGUUAGAUCGUCUCGGGAUCGGAUGCCUCAUUGCCGAUAAGAAUCUCCAAACAACCCAGUGGCCGAAGAUGGACUUGACAAAUUGUCGCAGUAUGGAGAUCCUGAGAUUUCUUGGGCUCGCUGAUGAUUAUCGAGCGCAACACGGAGCGGUGAGUGUCGAUGCACACUUCGACUCUAUAUUUAUUACAAGCCUUAAGUCAGGCGGACACUUGGUUGGUUCGUGGAGGCUACCAUCCGUGCAGCAGCAGCGUAAUGAUAUCAAGCUCAAUAAUGAUGGCAGCCAGCCAGCUGAACCCGGUCAAAGAUGUUCUCAGAUUAUUUUCGAGGCAUGGCUGAAGAAUCUUAUUUUGAGCAAAACAAAGGUGAUACGAAAGUUUGGAUGGACCUACCUAGGUCACGUUGAAAAUGCAGAAGGGAUCAUUGCUACCUUCUCAGACAAUACCGGCCAAAGCCGUACUCUGCGUGGCCGAUUUCUUGUGGGAUGUGAUGGAGGGAGUAGCAGGGUGAGAAGGUCUGCAGGUAUCAAGAUGUCCGGUGGCCAAAUUCCUGCUCGCUUCUACUUGAUCCACUUUCGAUCGGCACAGCUGGCACGAGAACUCAGUUUUGGGCGGUUUUGGCACGCUUUUACAGCUGGAACCGGGUUUUUGAUUGACCAAGAUGAGAAAGAUACCUUUACGGCUCACUAUCCUCUGACGGAUGACGAAAAAGACGGUUUUUUGGAUCCACAUGAGGUCAUUCACAAGGUGCUCGGAGGCUCCAAAGGAAAAUGGCCAAUUUUGAUUGACGAGGUCCUCGUCCACAGUGAAUGGCAGCCAAGCUUCAGCUUGGCCGAGGAUUACUCAAGCAAGAACGGCCGUGUACUGCUAGCUGGAGAUGCAGCUCAUCGUAACCCUCCUCAUGGUGGUUAUGGGAUGAAUAGCGGCCUUGUGGACGCAAUUGAUCUCGGCUGGCGACUUGCUGCCGUGACGAAAGGUUACGGUGGGGAGCGUCUUCUUAAGGCAUAUGGAACAGAGCGGCGACCGAUGAUGAUUCGAGCUCUUCAGCGGUCGUAUCGUCACGUUAUGGAGCAUGUGGUACUGGGAGACUUCUACAAUCGGCAUUGGAACACCCUGAAUUGCAAUACCCCGGAUGGUGAUAGGGUGAGGACGGAAAUUGAGAGCUACAUAACACUCUCUGGACCGGAAACCCUGGACCGCGGUAUUGAAUUAGACUUGAGAUAUGACCACUCGCCAUUCAUCUAUCCUGACGGCACCUUACCGGUUCCUUGGAGUGUUAAAACUUACAAGCCAAGCACCAGGCCUGGCAGUCGAGCCCCUCAUGUCUUUCUGAAAGACGGAGUCACCAGCACAUAUGACCUCUUUGGAAAAGAGUGGACCCUGAUGCAGUUCGACCCGAAGGGUGAUGGGGUCAAACUGGGCAUCUUCUUAGCGGUGGCCGAGCAACUUGGAUUUCCACUGAAACAUGUUGUCCUCAGAGGGGAGAGUCACGUGCAACGAAUAUGGGAGCGAGAUUUAGUUUUGGUGAGGCCCGAUACGCAUGUUGCUUGGAGAGGAAAUGAAGCACCUGCAGAUCAAGACGAGGCUAAAAAAAUACUCCUUGUGGUCGCGGGAAAGAUGUCUUUUCCGGAGUACACAGAACCGGAGCGGGAUGAGGAAUAUGAGUUUCGAGAUACAGUGGCUGGAUUUGCUGUAAAUAAUGAAAAUGACCAGCCAGCUAUUGUUGGCGAGGAUGUAGAUUGA